AUGCUCAGCCUCAGCACGAGCGCACGUUUUGUGUGCACCAGCUGCACGCGGCGGUUCGAACAGCGCGUCCAGCAGCAGGUCCAGCAUCAUCAGCGCCGUCGUUGGCAGUCGACGACAUCAUCACCAGCUUCGUCCCAUGAUAUCUACGACAUCGUCUGCGUUGGCGGCGGGCCAGCGGGACUGAGUCUCCUGACUGCGUUGCGCGCCAACCCUGUCACGGCUGGACUCCGCCUCGCCCUCAUCGAAGCCCAGGAUCUCGGCCGCACGCGCUCCUACGCCCCGACGGCCGACCAGUUUGCCAACCGCUGCAGCUCAUUGACGCCGGCCUCAGCCCGUUUUCUCAACAGCAUCGGUGCCUGGCCGCACCUGCACCGCGACCGUGUCCAAGGCUACCAGGAAAUGCAGGUCUGGGACGGCGUGACCGGCGCGCGCAUUGCCUUUGACUGGCCGCCCGGCACGAUCCCGAGCCAGAGCCCAGACACCGGGUCGACCAUUGCCUACAUGGUGGAAAACAACAACCUGACGGCGGGCCUGCUGCGGCGGCUCGACGAGCUGGGCGGGGUGGAUGUCUUUGAUGGUUCGCGGGUGGACAGCAUUGGCUUUGGCCCAGAGGACCAGAACGGCAUGGACCUGUCCCAGUGGCCUGCCGUGCAGCUGGCGGGCCAGGGAGCGGACGGAAAGAAGAGCAAGUCGCUUCUUGCCCGCCUGCUGGUCGGCGCCGACGGUGCCAACAGCCCUGUGCGAGCAUUUGCCGACAUUGAGGCGCGCGGCUGGGACUACGAGCGCCACGGCGUGGUGGCCACGAUGCUGCUCGAGGAGGGUGCCGGCAGCCUGUCGGGCGAUGCCUACAAGACGGCAUACCAGCGCUUCCUGCCCACUGGGCCCGUUGCGUUGUUGCCGCUCCCGGGACGCUUUGCCACGCUCGUGUGGUCGACCACGCCUGAGCGUGCCGCCUUGCUCAAGUCGCUGGCACCAGAGGACUUUGUGGCCAUGGUCAACGCCGCGUUCCGUCUGCGGCCCGUCGACCUGACAUACAUGCAUGGGCUGACGGAAGGCGGGCAGCGUGACGAGGUGGCCUGGCGGCUGCAGACCGAGGCGACGGGGACAUGGACGGCAACCGACGACGCUGAGCGCCUGCCGGCGACAAUGGUCGGCGUCCAGCCCGGCAGCGUCGCCUCCUUCCCACUCAAGCUGCGCCACGCCGACACCUACAUUGGCGAGCGCGUGGCGCUCGUCGGCGACGCCGCCCAUACCGUGCACCCGCUCGCGGGCCAGGGCCUGAACCAGGGCCAGGGCGAUGCCGAGAGCCUGGCGCGCACGAUUGCCUACGCCGUCGCACACGGCCAGGACCUGGGCGUGCGCACGUCUCUCGCGCCGUACCCGUCCGAGCGCUAUGCGGCCAACCACGUGCUCAUGGGCGUGUGCGACAAGCUGCACAAGAUCUACGCCGUCGAGUCUGGUCCGCUGGUGCCGCUGCGGUCGCUCGGCCUGCGCGCCAUAGACGCCAUGCGGCCACUCAAGAACUUUAUCAUGAGCCAGGCGGCGAGCAGCGGGCGGACCAGUGUGUAA